GCAGCAGCCCGGUAACGGCGGCGGGGGCUGUGCCUCGCACCUCGGCACCCGCGGCAGCACCGUCCCCUCGGCGCCCGGGAACUCAGAGAGCGGCUCGGCGCGGUGGCACCGUCCCGGGGAGAAGAGUAUAGUUUAGUGUUAUGGGUGAUACAGAAGAAGCUAAAAUGCAGAUAGCACCAGAAACUCCAGGACGAGUUGCAAUCCUGAAUCCUUUUGAAAGUCCCAGUGAUUAUUACACUCUUCAGGAGCAGAUUGUGUCCAGUCCUUCGGUCUUCAAGUCAACAAAUUCCUCAUCAACACCAGGAAAAUUUAGAUGGUCUAUUGAUCAGCUUGCUCUAAUAAAUCCUGUGGAAAUUGACUCAGAAGAUGUUCGACGCCAAGCAAUGUAUUUGAGCCAUGCUAGAAUUGAUAAGGAGACAGAAGACAGAAGGCAAAAAGCUAUUGAGGAGUUUUUCACAAAAAGACUCAUAGUUCCUUCUCCUUGGAUUGAACAUGAAGGCAAACAAGUUUCUCAGUUUAAUUCAACUAAAUCUAUUGACCUAAAUAACAUUUCUCCGAUUGGAAGACAACUAAGCUUGCAGCCUGGGAAGAGCAAUGCUGCUUGUCAGACAGUACUGUCUUUGCCAGUGGAUAUUAAUUUAGAGAAAAUACUAGGUGAAUAUUUUAGAACUGAAGAAUUGGCAGAUCAGUCUCAGGAAAAUCUAAGCUCUUCAUCACUCAGAAGAAAGCUGUUUUUAGAAGAAAAUGGAAAUGUAUCUGCAUGUUUGUCCCCUUCUUUGCAUAGUCCAUGUGGUAGUCAGCCACUUGGAGUGCUUUGUUCAAUAGAAUUAUCUCCGGUCCGGUGCAGAAGCCCUCUGGACACAUCUGGUUCAGGUCAGUUUUCUUCAAGUCCUAUUCAGGGAGGAACAAGAGCUUAUAGUCUGGGAAGUAUAACCAGUCCCACAUUCUCAGAAGGGUCUCCUGCACGUAGUGGUUCUCCUACUUUUUCACCAAUUGCUUUCCACAUAAGAAAAACACCACUCUCAGACCAAAGAAAAUUUACAUUUCGCUCUCCAGAUAUUCCUUCUUCCUCAAAUAGAAUGACACCACCAAGUACAAGAAGUCCUUACAUAGAUGGUUGUUCUCCAAUUAAAAACUGCUCUCCUAUGAGGCUUGGAGCUUGCAGAGGAACUGCCCAGUAUCAGACUUCUGUCAUUAGAAUACCAAUUGCAGUUGAGAAUCACGAUGAGGAUGAGGAAGACAAGGAAAAUGCUUCUCCAGCAGAAGCUCGGUUCCCAGAAAUGGAUAAUGGAAUAAACUUAUGUCAGGAAGACAGUGAUACUUUCGCACAUGGUACACGUCUUGUGGUAGCAACUGUGUCUAUUGCACCAGAUCACUCAGAAGCUUGUCAUCAAAGGCUGUCAUCAUUUCAGGAUAUAGAAGGCUUAAAAGAAAAUAAUACUGUAGACAUGGCUGAUGCAGCUGAAGUGUCAGAGGAAAACACUUGGAUAAAAGAAACAAUUGGCAAUAGCAAUACACCAAUGACCAGCUUUAUGACAGGCAUUACUUUCAGUAUUGAAAGCUCUCGGAUGUGCAUGUCGCCUCUUGCCGAAAGCAGCGCAAUUCCUUGUGACAACAGUAGUAUUCAGGUGGACAGUGGUUACAAUACACAGACUUGUGGAAACAGCAUUAUGGAUACUGUGGGGGCUGAAAACAGCUGCAGAGAAAAUGAUGUGAAUACUCUCGUUUUUCAGAAUAAAUCUCAGCUGCUUAGAACAAAGGAGUGUUCUGUUUUAAGCCAUAAGGACAAUCAGUUGCUGAGAGCAAAAUCUCCAGAGUCGCAAUCCUGUUUCCAAAAAGCAAAAACACAUAGUACAAUAUUUGGAAAAAGUGCAACUUGCAACAUUUCUGCUUGGAAACAUAAAAAUGAAAGUCAAGUUCAGGGAUUUCACAAAACUGUGUCUCCUAAAAACACUUGUGUCCAAAUUAAUGCUCCAGUACACUUUGGAAGGAACCUAGGAAGGUGCUCUAAGAUUAAUUGGUCUCAGUACACCACUAAGAGAAUGAUGCAGACUUUCUUCUAUUAAAGUAAACCAUUACACUUCUCUCUUAUGUUUAAUUCCCAGUAUUAUUAUGUUGCUUACAGAAAUUACCAAAAUACUUAAAUAAACCCUUAAAAAUGUAAUUAACUUCUGCAUGCCACUUAUUUCAGAAAUUAUUAAUAUAAACAAACCCUUGAUGCUUUCAGGAAAAUCAUUGAUGAUUAAAGUAAUGAAUUGAGGAGGGUAUAGAAGGCCAGAGCUCCCUUUGUCUAAUCAAAUCAGAUUUGGUUAAAUUUGAUU